AUGGCGCUUGAAGCCGGUCCAGCGACGCUUAGGGUUUUUAACCGCAUCCUUCUCUCCAUCAUCUGGUUCGGUGUCAAUGCCUGGCAAGGCGGAUUGGUAACGUACGUUUGCCUGCGCGCUAUCUGGCCCAGCAUCGACAAAAUACACAACACCAUUCCUGCGAGCGAGGGCAUGACACUGCCGCAGUUUGUCAGCUUCAUUGUCUUCUACGUGUUAAUGUUGCCCUUCCUCUAUCUUCCUCCGCAGUAUCUCAAGUAUGUCGUCUACACAACUUCACUCGCAGCUUUUGUCGCCCAGCUGGGCCUUGUGGGUUGGGCAUGUGGUACGGCUGAAAAUCUUUCUGCUGCACUGAAGGCAUCCUCACCGCCGGCCCCGAGUGGCCAGCUGGGAUGGCUCUUCUUGUACGGAAUCUCGACCACCAUGUCUAGCAUCACGAGUGGAACUUUGAGCAUCUGCGAUUACACUCGUUUCGCUAAAGAACCUCAGAGCGGGAUCUGGUCACAGCUCGUCGGUGCUGUUCCCGCAUGGAUUUCAAACGUCUUCGGACUGUUGACUAUCGCCGCCACCAGCACACGCUACCAUGCAGCCCAAUGGAGCGUACCGACUCUCCUAGUAGCUGUGCAGGACGCAGAUAAAUGCCCGAGAACGAGGGCGGCCGUUUUCUUCUGUGCAUUUGCUUUCUUUGCCAACCAGAUUGCCCUCAAUAUCAUUGGCAACUCUUUUUCCGGAGGUACCGACAUGGCGUCGCUGCUCCCUAGAUGGAUCAACAUCCGGCGUGGGCAAUAUUUGACCGCCGUACUCGGCCUCGCUACGAAUCCGUGGAGGCUGCUCAGCAGUGCCGGGGUUUUCUUGACCGUUAUAUCCGGAUAUACUGUGUUCGUCCAGCCUUUUAUUGGGAUCUUGGUUGGAUACUACUUCAUCGUCUACAAACAACGUGUUCUGAUUGAGCACUUGUAUCGAGUAGGUAAAGACUCCUCGAUAUACUGGUAUUUCCACGGUGUCAACUGGCGUGCAAUCUUCGCAUGGCUGGUGGGAGUGGUACCUCAUCUGCCAGGCUUCUUACACGCUGUCAGUUCCACCAUCUGGGUCUCCAAUGGCGCAGCCCACCUAUACCAGCUCACCUCGAUCACAAGCUCCCUCUUUGCCUUUCUCACGACGGUCUUGCUUGCGUAUCUUUUCCCUGUUAAGAGUCAAGCAGAAUAUGUUCAGAGCUCGGACCGCGACACUUCUGUUCUUCGCAGUGCGCAAUUUGCCGACCAAAUGUACUACACGCCUGGACUUGAAAUCAGGAAGGAGGUGAGUCUUGGCAGCGAUCAGGACGAAGAGAAGUUGGCUGGGAUGAAGAUCGAAGGAGAAGCAUUCAAGGUCCGGCUGAGCGCUGAGAUGACUUGA